GCCCCGGAGUUUUCCCCUUCAGCCCCUCAUCUGCCGCUAGCUACAGUAGCUUGAGCCCCCCUGGCCAGUAAAUUUCUGCCCCCCGCUCAGACCCUGACAGCCCCCGGCUGCGAUUUGCCCCACCCCCCCUUAAUCCUUUUAAACCCCUCCAAAGAGAAGGCAGCAAAUCGUAAGCAGAAGUGAGGGCAGUGGCAACAGGGAAGGUUACUGGGCAUGCUCAGUACACCCAAAGUAGGGAAAGGGGAGUAGGGUCUGUUUGCGUCGGUGUUGGGCUGCUUCCCUCCGCCUUGAUCUCCAGCUCUUCGCCUUCCCCGCGCACCUUCUCUGCCUCUCCGCUGCCCGGGGCCACGCCACGCCGCUCCUCUCUGCCCGUCCUGCCGAUCCCGCACCGGCUCCCCAGCCAUGGACCUCCCCAGCGCUGUGCCCUACGCCCGCCUGGAGAUCCCCAACCUCGACUCCGUGCCCUCCUACAAGUACUGGUCCAUCUUCAACAUCCUCUGCUGCUGCUUGCCCCUGGGGCUGGUCGCGGUCUUCUACUCGGGACAGGUGGAGGAGUGCCUAGCACGCAGAGAUAUUGCAGGAGCGAAGAGCGCCUCCAACACUGCAAGAACCAUCAACAUCCUCGCCGUGGUGAUCGGGCUGGCAUGCAUUGGUGUGACCAUAUUCUUUAUGAUCCAGAGAGUUCAGCUGCUCCAAGCAGCACAACCCACCCAGUCUCCCUUAUACUACAAUUUAGGCUGAGGCCAUGGUGCUGCCCCUCAGGCUUGGGGAGAUGAAACCACCACUGCAAAAAUGUCCUUGAAU